UCUUCUUUCAACACCGCCCUUCUCGUCUCUCUCCACCCUCAUUCCCCAAUUCCUCAAAAUUCUUACUUCUUUCUCUGUCGCUCGGAAUAAAGGAAGACAAGUUCUUCUUCUGUUGUUCUAAAGGAGAUUACUUUAAGGUUUGGAUUUUGUAGGCGAAGUAGGAUCUGUGAGAUGAUGAUUUAGCCAUUGUAGCUACAAGCGGAUUGCUCAAUAGUGUCUAAAAAUAUAUACAUCCGAUCAAGAUUAUGAGUCGUAGGGUGCGUCAGAGAGUGGAGGAAAAUGGAAAGAACAAGGUUGAAUCACCAAGUUUUCUUGUGCUUGGCGAUGAGGAUUUAGCACCUAAGGUUAAAGAGUAUGUGGAUUGGACUAGGUUGCCUUAUGACACGGUGCUUCAUCUGUUCACUCGAUUGAAUUAUCGCGAUCGAGCUAGCUUAGCAUCGACCUGUAGGACAUGGAGAAGCCUUGGUGCUUCUCCUUGUUUGUGGGGUUCAUUGGAUCUUCGUGCUCACAAGUUUGAUCUUUCAGUGGCAGCUUCUCUUGCAACUAGGUGUGCUAAUCUUCACAAGGUUAGGUUUCGUGGCGUUGACUCUGCUGAUGCCAUAAUUCAUCUCAGAGCAAGGAAUCUGCUUGAGAUAAGCGGAGACUAUUGUAGGAAGAUAACAGAUGCUACAUUGUCUAUGAUCGCAGCACGCCAUGAAGCUCUUGAGAGCCUCCAACUUGGACCAGACUUCUGUGAGAGGAUCACUAGUGAUGCUAUAAGAGUUGUAGCCUUUUGCUGUCCAAAACUUAUAAAGCUUCGGCUUUCUGGAAUGAGAGAUGUUAGUUCUGAGGCAAUUGAAUCUUUGGCCAAGCAUUGCCCACAGCUCAGUGAUCUUGGUUUCUUAGAUUGCCUCAACAUCAACGAAGAGGCACUGGGAAAAGUGGUAUCUGUUCGCUACCUCUCUGUUGCCGGGACAUCAAACAUGAACUGGAAAGUUGCAACAGAGAAUUGGGAGAAGCUUCCAAAAUUAACCGCUUUGGAUGUCUCGAGAACAAGCAUUGACCAUACUGCAGUUUCCAGGUUGUUGAAAUCAUCGCAGAGCUUGAAAGUUCUGUGUGCUUUAAACUGCCCAUUUCUCGAAGAGGAUAAAAGUUUCAGCUCCGAUAGAUUCAAAGGAAAAGUCUUGCUUGCUCUUUUUAACGAUACGUUUGAUGGGCUAGCUUCCAUAUUUGCCGAUAACACAAAGAAACCAAAGGAUAUAUUUUCAUACUGGAGAGAUUUGAUAAGAAAGGAUAAAAGCAUUGAUGAAAUAAUGCGUUGGAUUGAGUGGAUCAUUUCUCAUACGCUUCUACGAAUUGCAGAGAGCAAUUCACAAGGAUUAAACGAUUUCUGGCUGAAUCAGGGAGCUGCGUUGCUUCUCAGUUUAAUGCAAAGCUCACAAGAGGAUGUCCAAGAGAGAGCGGCAACAGGACUUGCGACUUUCAUUGUUGUUGAUGAUGAGAAUGCUAGUAUAGACUGUGGAAGAGCCGAAACAGUUAUGCGAGAUGGAGGCAUACGACUUCUUCUAAAACUUGCUACAUCUUGGCGAGAAGGUCUUCAAUCAGAAGCUGCAAAGGCUAUUGCAAACUUGUCGGUAAAUGCUAAAGUUGCAAAGGCUGUUGCUGAAGAAGGAGGGAUCAAUGUUCUUGCUGGUUUGGCAAAGUCUAUGAAUAGGCUUGUGGCUGAAGAAGCUGCUGGUGGACUAUGGAAUCUCUCUGUUGGAGAAGAGCAUAAGAACGCGAUCGCUCAAGCUGGAGGAGUGAAUGCGUUAGUCGAGCUUAUCUUUAGAUGGCCAAAUGGCUGCGAUGGAGUUCUGGAACGUGCUGCUGGGGCAUUAGCGAAUUUAGCAGCAGACGAUAAGUGUAGCACAGAAGUUGCAAGAGCAGGAGGUGUGCAUGCCUUGGUGAUGCUAGCUCGGAACUGCAAGUAUGAAGGUGCACAAGAACAGGCGGCUCGUGCUUUGGCUAAUCUUGCUGCUCAUGGUGAUAGCAACGAUAAUAAUGCUGCUGUUGGACAAGAGGCUGGUGCAUUAGAAGCUCUUGUUCAGCUUACGCAAUCGCCUCAUGAAGGUGUUAAACAGGAAGCUGCUGGUGCUCUUUGGAAUCUGUCGUUCGAUGACAAGAAUCGAGAAUCCAUUGCUGCAUUUGGUGGUGUUGAAGCCUUGGUGGCACUUGCGAAGUCCUGUUCAAAUGCAUCUACAGGUCUGCAAGAGAGAGCAGCUGGUGCUCUUUGGGGUCUAUCAGUCUCAGAAGCAAACAGCAUUGCAAUUGGACAUGAAGGUGGUAUUCCGCCUCUAAUUGCUCUUGCAAGAUCCGAAGCUGAGGAUGUACAUGAAACUGCUGCGGGAGCUCUGUGGAAUCUUGCUUAUAAUCCUGGUAAUGCUCUCCGCAUUGUGGCGGAAGGAGGAGUUAUAGCUCUUGUUCACCUUUGUUCGUCGUCUGUUUCCAAAAUGGCUCGUUUCAUGGCAGCAUUAGCAUUAGCAUACAUGUUUGAUGGAAGGAUGGAUGAAUAUGCGAUGAUAGGGACUUCAUCAGAAAGUACAACUAAAAGUGUUAGCUUAGUUGGUGCUAGAGCAAUGGCUCUUAAACAUAUUGAAGGUUUUGUUACAACUUUCAUGGAACCCCAAAUCUUUGCAGCUGCUGCUUUAUCAUCAGCUCCAUCGAUGUUAGCACCAGUCUCAGAGAAAGCUCGAAUCCCUGAAGCUGGCCACUUGAGAUGCAGUGGUUCCGAAAUUGGAAGAUUUGUUACAAUGUUGCGAAACCCUUCCUCUAUACUCAAAGCAUGUGCAGCUUUUGCGCUUCUCCAGUUUACAAUACCUGGAGGUCGUCACGCGAUGCAUCAUGCAAGCUUGAUGCAGAGCGCUGGAGAAGCCAGAGUCUUGCGUUCUGCAGCUGCAGCUUCGAAUAUGCCUCGUGAGGCUAAGAUUUUUGCAAAAAUUGUGCUUCGCAAUCUCGAGCAUCACCAGGCAGAAUCUUCAAAAGGAAAGACAAGUAUCUUAUAAUAAAAUUUAUAUGAGCCUUUUUGUUACCAUUUAUAUAGUGAUAGUAUAUCUCUGUAUCUCUCAAACCAUACAAGUCAGGCAAAAGCAAAAGGAUCAGGCUCAUGCUGCAACUACAAAACCCUCAAGACUUUGGUCCCAGAAGAUGUUUGAUUCAGAUUAAAGACAGAAAAGUGUGAUGAUGUUUAUGUAACUUAUGUUUCGUAUCUCAUUUUGAAAAUUUUCUGUAAUAACAGAAUCAUUGGUGUUCUUUCUCCCCCUUUUA